GGGCCUCCCACCUCCCAUCCUCAUCAGUCCCGGGCGGACGACGACGAGGGCCGUGUGGCCGCCGCGCGUCCCUGUGCUCGCCCUCUCUCCCGUCCACGAGCGCACGGCGUCCGCCAUGGAAGCACAUCCGGCUGUCGCCGGGGUCUCCGGGCUACGCGUCCCCGGCUCCCCGGAGCGAUGAGGGGGUAGGGGCGCCCUACGUCGCGCCUUGCGCGCUCCGCGGGCCGGGGAGCGAAGGAGGGCCCCCUCCAUCCCCGCACAGCCCCCGCGCCGCCCCCAUCCCGCCCCCUGGGGGCGCUGCCGAGGGGGCGCCCGCCGCCCUUGCCGCCCAGCAGCCCCCGGCGCCCUCCGCUGAAGCCCAGCAGGCGCCACCGGCCCGCCCGUGCCCGCGGCUCGGCAAGCCAGGCGCCGACCGCCGUCCUCCUCGCAAGAUGUGGCACAACAUCGGGCUGACCCUGGUGGUGUUCGUGGCCACGCUGGUGAUCGUGCUGCUGCUGAUGGUGUGCGGUUGGUAUUUCGUAUGGCAUCUAUUUUUAUCAAAAUUCAAGUUUCUGCGGGAACUGGUGGGAGAUACAGGAUCUCAGGAGGGAGAUCACGAGCCGUCGGGCUCUGAGACGGAAGAAGACACUUCGUCAUCUUCUCACAGGAUCCGAUCUGCUCGGCAAAGAAGGGCACCUGCUGAUGAAGGCCACUGACCCUCGCUCUAGUCCUGUACCAGUGAAGGAUGAAAGGCAGUGGAGAGCCUCUGUCUUUAAGGACUGGGCUAUGCAGUUUGGUAAAAGAUGGAACAUUUUUACUUGGAUUUUAAGUCCAAUUAAAAGAAAAAAAGAUUUCUAUGUAAGCCAUAUGAAAAUAAAGGGAAUUAAAACCAAGUCAGACCAUUGCAGACUUCAUCUUAAAGGUAAUCUUUUGCUUUACUAGCUUUCUACCUGCAUACUUACUCUCUGGCUCCCAGCUUAUUAUCUUGCACUGGUGUGUAUCUGGUAAACAUUACAUGCUUGAAAAACCGUAUUUUAUUGAUUCUGUAAUGUAUGUUGUGUUUUUGUUUUUGUUUUCACAUUUUACCUUGUCCGAAAUUGGGAUGUAUCUCAUAAUUACUGUGAACCAGGAGAGGGUCAUGAUGUGAUUGAUUAUCCCAGCCUGUGUGUGUGUGAACUUACUAACAGUUUGUCCCAGCAUCGUCACGGUAUUGUUGGUACCAAAUGUGUCAGGUUUAAUUGGCAUUUAAAGAUGUCUUCAAAAAGAUUGCACUAUGAUUCAGCAUUGAAACGAAAAGUGAUUGUGUACGCAGAAAAGCACGGAAACAGAGCUGCGGGGCGUACGUUCGGGAUUAGUGAAGCAAACGUCCGGCGCUGGAGGAAUGACCGCCAUUCCAUAUUUUCUUGUAAAGCGACAACAAAAUGCUUUACGGGACCCAAGAAAGGAAGAUACCCACAAGUGGAUGAAGCCGUACUCUGUUUUGUCAGUGAGAUGCGUGCAAAAGGAUUGCCCGUCACGCGCCAAGCAAUGCGAUUGAAGGCAGGAGAAAUUGCCAGAACCCUGGGGGUAGACGAAACAAAGUUCAAAGCGACAAGAGGCUGGUGCGAUCGGUUCAUGCGCCGAGCAGGGUUAUCUUUAAGGCAUCAAACAUUGUUUUGCCCCAGACUUUCUGCUGACACUAAACAGAAGACGGGGGUUAGGCACUCUUUCAAGAAACGCGACGUCCCCAGUGCACUCGGUGACACCAAGAGCGCCGUUCUGUGGAAGAAUGCGGACGUCGAUGGCUGUGGUCUGAGAAGUGAUUCAGAAGAGUUGGGCUCCGAAUAUGAGGUUAUAGUUACAACCUAACCACUUACUUCACACUUUCUUUCAGUAUGCACAAGAUUGAUGUGUUAAAGAUCUGCUUAACUCUAAAAAACCAUUUCAAUAAAUAUAAACAUUCUACACA